AUUAAUAUGUUUUACCACACAUAUAUCUUACUAUAUUACCAAAGUUCCAAAUGCAUCUUCAUGAUUAUAUUAGUAUUAGUCAAAAUAAACAAAAUAAUUCUAGGCUUUGCACUAUAUUAGACUACCACCUGGCCUGCAGUGAUCAUGAUAAUAGGGUGGCCAAACUUGGGCCAGCAAUGAGGAUCACAGAGUUGGAGGCUAAGAGCAAGGGUAAGAGCCGCGGCACAAGCUUCUUCAUCCUCCGUGGAGUCUGGAGACUGUUCAUUACCUACUGCCUACUAUUACUACUGGCAAAUGGUGGUAGCUAAAAUCGAGGAGAUAGGAAGUCUGACUGGAUUAUGGUUGUGUGCUUGCCAUGCGGCUAUUAUCAUUGACAAAAGAAAAAUAUAUGCAAAAGGAGGCACCACUGCACUAGCACCAGAGAAACACUCUUGAUUACUGAAGCAAUUAGCAUGUGAUGAGAAAAUUUUAAAUUUAUAAAUAAUAAUUAGAUAAAAAAUGCAAGAUAUAUUUCGAAUACCAAUACUAGUCGCACAAAUGCGCAUGUCACUUCCCUAGUUUUUCUAAAUUUUCCGGCUGCUCUUUGAUCUAUUACACGGGUUGCUUCUCCAAUGUGUAACUUGUUCAUAUAUUGGCUACGCUGUAUCUUUCCAGACAUUGACGAGUGUGCACAUCCCGAUCAACACUCAUGCUACGGACUUUGCAUAAAUAUGCCUGGAACUUUCCACUGCCGAUGCAAGGAUGGAACCUAUGGUGAUCCCCUCACAAAAGGGGGCUGCAGCUCUCACACAGGUUGGAAAAUCGGGCUAGGAGUUGGCGGUGGCACAACUUUUUUGCUCUUGGCACUUGGUGCACCCUUCAUAACGCGUAAAAUCAAGUUGCAUAAGGCUAAAAGGGAGAAAGAAAGAUGUUUCAAGCAAAAUCAUGGGUUGCUAUUCCAACAAUUGGUGUCACGGAAUUCAGAUAUUGGUGGAAGGAUGAUCAUCACCUUGCGGGAUCUAGAGAAGGCAACAAACAAAUUCGAUCCUUCUCAUGAAAUUGGUGGUGGAGGGCACGGUGUUGUGUAUAAAGGGCUUCUAGACCUACAAGUUGUCGCCAUCAAGAAAUCAAAGAUUAUAGUACAAAGAGAGAUUGAUGACUUCAUUAAUGAGGUUGCAAUUCUUUCCCAAAUCAACCAUAGGAAUAUUGUCAAUCUCCUUGGGUGUUGUCUUGAGACUGAAGUUCCAUUAUUGGUUUAUGAGUUUAGAUCAAAUGGAACUCUUGAUCAUCAUCUUCAUGUUGAAGGAACCAUAUCACUCUCAUGGGAUGACCGACUGAGGAUUGCUCUCGAAAUUUCCAAAGCUCUAGCCUAUCUACAUUCAGCUGCUUCAACACCAAUACUUCAUAGAGACAUCAAGUCAUCUAACAUACUUCUUGAUGACAAUUUAAUAGCAAAGGUAUCUGACUUUGGAGCUUCAAAGUACAUCCAGAUUGAUCAGACUGGAGUGACUACAGCCGUCCAAGGAACAAUUGGCUACUUAGAUCCCAUGUAUUAUUAUACAUCCCGACUAACAGACAAGAGCGAUGUUUUUAGUUUUGGUGUUCUUCUUAUAGAACUGCUUACUAAAAAGAAACCAUUCGUCUACCGUUCUGACGAUGGUGAAGGUCUUGUUACACAUUUUGCAUCACUACUCACUCAAGGUAUCUUGGUUGACAUAAUAGAUCCUCAAAUCAUAGAAGAGGAGGAUGAAGCAGUCGAUGAAGUUGCCGCUCUAGCAGCGAAGUGUACAAAACUGAAUGGAGAAGAUCGGCCCACAAUGAGGGAAGUUGAGAUGACAUUAGAAAACUUGAGAGGCACAAAGAAGCAGGUUCCUAAUACGACUUCAAGGAGGAAAUAUGAGAAGGAUCAUUACAUGUCAUCUGGUGAACUCACUCUAGACACAAGCAGACAGUACACCAUGGAAGAGGAAAUAUUAUUGUCGGCAAGGUAUCCUCGAUGAUAUACUACGUUGUGGGCUUAAGAAAAUGUUGCCUUCUGUAUCGAUUUAAUUCCCAAAUGCAUUGUUGCACUUGUUCUCUUUUGACUGCCUUGGAAGUGUUUUAUUACUCUUACACAUCCAUACCAUCUCGUGCAUUGGAGCAUUGCUAGCUGUUGCAGCAUCAGACAUUCAGAACCAGACCAGAGGAUUGCUUUGCAGGUUCAGACUUCAGAUUGGCCAUGCAUUGCAGUAUCAGGCUUCAGACUGACUGCGGCUGAGAUAUGAGAGAUCGAGGACAGAAAUCUCUGCAAGCUACGCGUGCAAUGUCUGCACGAGGCCGCCAUCUUUCCAGCGAGGAAGCUCAACAUCAGCAACAUAAAUUUCCUCAAAGUUGUAAUCCUCUAGAUGGUGACCUCGUCGCGUUGUAAUC